AUGGGGCGCCGUGAACUCAAAGCAACAGGGAGUAAUCCGGAUAUUUUUGGCCAUGAAAAACCCAAAAGAUCACGUAAACGUCAAAGAGGUGAUGUCUCGCCACCUGGUGUGACCCCCGGAGUUGCUAAAAAGAUCAGCCAGAGCCUUGGUUUUGUUCAACCCUCACCUCCUCCUCAACAGUCUUCUCUAGAACCGGGCGAUGACAAGUGGGAAGACAUUCCAGAAGAAAUGAAUGAUUUCCAAGGCAUCAACAAUGGUGAAUCCUCAGUGAUCGACUCUUCAGGGAAUCAGUAUGCUCAGUAUCAGAAAGAACUUAGACGUGCAGAAGCCCGAGCAAAAAGAGCAAAGAAAUGGCUAGCCCAUGAGAAUAAGAUCAUCGCCAUGUACCUGAACUUACAAAACCGUACACUCAAUUGGACAACAGAGCACUCUUAUGUAAACGACGAAAUCAAAUGUGCUUGUUUACCCGAGAAUUGCCGACAGAGCCAGCUUGAGACUCAGGUCACUGCCUGUAAAGCAACCGAUGCUGUAGCGGUUGGCAUCAAGCACAUAGCUGUACUUUAUGACAUUGGAUGUCACUUAGGUGCCCAUAUCGCAAAGAAUUAUCCAUCUGAAUUAAAUAGCCCAGUGGCUUCGCAAACGUAUACAAAAUGCGAUGAAGCCCAACCCGGUCAUAUGUAUUCGGACGCCUUUUUACGCGAACAGUGGGAUUCUGAGCGCGAGGCAUAUGCAAGCAAGAAGGUGGCUAUGCAAAAACAAGAACUAGAACUCGGGAGACUACUAUCUCUACAAGACGAACAAAAAGCUUUAUUGUUGAGAGUGGCUCAAACACCUGAACAGUCCAUUGCCCGAGUUCUGGAAAGCGAGCGCCUUAGGGAGGAGAUUGUCAAACAGGCUGAAAAAGUAGGCACUGCGGAAGUUUUCCAUACUUCAACCGAGCAAGAGGAUUUUCUGAAGCUUUGGUACAGCAAGCACGAGGUUGCAUUGUAUUACAUUGCACUUAAUGAGGAAAAGCGACCGCUGCAACAGAGUCGUGCAGAUGGGCAUCAUUCAAAUAUAGGUCAGCGUGGAAAGACCUCUGUUCUUCUUGCUCUUCGAAAGCGUGCGGCACAGCUGAGGAAAAAAGUCGAUACAUACCGCACUCGCCGGGCAGAAUAUCAGGCCAAGUAUCCUGCCCAACAGCUUCCUGAGGACAUCGACUAUAAUGCUUUGAAUGAAAUCAAAGCAGAUCACCCGUUCUGGAACGACUCAAUAUUCACGAAACUUCAAGAUCCAUGGGCAACUGAUCCAAAGACAAGGGAUGGGAUGCGUCAGCUUGCCUAUAUCGACCGAGCACAAGAGGAGCUUAGGCGCUUAGGUUGGGAGCCACGCCUCUCAUCUCCCACCCCAUACUAUCAUCCUUGCCACCUGAAACACAAUUGA